AGAUGUAACCCCAACCCACCAUCUAAUGGAAGAAGAUAUGAAAGAUUUUUGGGGUUCACUCCCUGAAGGAUUCGUUGCUCAAGCGUUGGGUCUGACCACUCCCCAGGAUGCUUCUAGAUUGUCCUGCGUCAAUUCUUUUUUCCGGUCCGCCGCCGAGUGGGAUACAGUGUGGGCCAGCUUUCUUCCGCCGGAGUGCCUGGAGGAGGCGGUAGAAGGUGGUCGCGGUUUGAUGAAGGAGGUGUAUCUACGUCUUUGUGAUAACCCAAUCCUCAUUGAAGAGGGAACUAAGAGUUUCUGGCUGGAUAAGUUGACUGGGAAGAAAUGUUACAUGUUGGCUGCCAAACAACUAUCAAUUGCUUUGAUCGAUUCCCCUAAUUGUUGGAGGUGGACCUCCAUGCCAGACUCGAGAUUUACAGAAGUGGCUGAACUUAUUAAUGCGUGCUCGCUUGGAAUUAGUGGCAAUGUCAACACUUCCAUCUUAUCUCCCAAUACAACUUAUGUUGCACACCUUGUGUUUAUGGCAACCUCGGAAGCAUAUGGUUUCGAGUACCAUCCUGUUGAGGUCUGCUUUGGUCCUUAUGAAAAAAACUCGCAGACUAGAAUGGUGUAUUUGGACCCUCAAGCGCAAAGCAGACGAAGAUUACGACCAAAGAGACGUAUUGGAAUCUUUGGAAGAGGAAUAUUUGCGAAUUACGAUGUUGUACCUCCCCCCUGUGAGGAAAAUUGUCCGAAGCCUAGACAAGAUGGGUGGUUUGAGGUUGAGAUAGGAGAGUACUUUAACAAGGGAGGGGAUGAGGUAGAACUUGAGAUGAGUGUAAUGGAGGUGAAAGGAGGGAAUUGGAAGAGGGGGCUAAUUAUUCAUGGGAUUGAGAUUAGGCCAAAAAAAAUGUGUAUAAGUUGAUAUAUGUUAAUUAUAGCUGUUAGUGUUUUAUUACUAGGGUUUAUUAAUAAUAUGUGACCAAUAAGUCUAAGUUAUGUUUAUUUAAAGUUUCUCGUCUCUUUCAUGUAUUUAAUAAGGAUUCUUUUCCAUUGUAAUUAGGUUAUAACCCCGUGUAUUACAUGAGGUUGAAUAAAUAAAUUUUAUAUAUUAAAUAAUAAAA